UUUUAAUGGUUGUUUUCAUGCCAGUGGCUUAAAAAGUAACGUCUCAGUCGUUGUUCAACUCUCAUGAGUUUGUGUUGAAGCUGUUUGAAGACUUCAAAGGGACCAGCACCUCUGAGCAAUGGGGAGUGAACCAGGCCCAGUUCAGGUCGUCACAGUGUGUAAGGAGGAUCACUCCUUUGCGUUGGACACUGAGGCUUUGGCUCGGAUUCUGUUGGCACCUGAAGUCCGAGAUAAGCAUGUGGUGGUGCUGUCGGUGGCUGGAGCCUUCAGGAAGGGGAAGAGCUUCCUGCUUGAUUUCAUGCUCCGUUAUAUGUACAGAAAGGAUGAUGAAAACUGGCUGGGUAAGGAUGAUGAGCCGCUGACGGGGUUUUCGUGGAGGGGAGGUUCAGAACCAGAGACAACUGGCAUCCAGCUGUGGAGCGAAGUUUUCCCCGUCCAAAGGAGUGAUGGAACAGAGGUGGCGGUAGUGUUGAUGGACACUCAGGGAGCGUUUGAUGACCAAUCCACUGUGAAGGACUGUGCCACCAUCUUUGCCCUCAGCACCAUGACCAGCUCAGUACAGAUUUACAAUCUGUCACAGAACAUACAAGAGGACGAUCUUCAACAGCUACAGCUGUUCACGGAGUAUGGCCGUCUUGCCAUGGAUGAAAUCUUUCUGAAGCCAUUUCAGUCUUUGAUGUUCCUAAUCAGGGAUUGGAGUUUUCCCUAUGAAUACACCUAUGGGUUUAAAGGAGGCAAGGAAUUCCUGGAUAAACGGUUACAGGUUAAGGAGGCGCAACAUGAGGAGCUGCAAACAGUGAGGGAGCACAUCCAUUCAUGCUUCACCAACAUUUCCUGCUUCUUGUUACCUCACCCUGGAUUGAAGGUUGCCACCCACCCUGCUUUUCGGGGACAACUUGAAGAUGUGGCGCCGGAGUUUAAAGAGCAGCUGCAGAGUUUAAUCCCCAAACUGCUGCACCCAGACAGACUGGCUGAGAAAGAAAUAAAUGGAAACAAAGUCACCUGCAGGGGCCUGCUCGAGUUCUUCAAGGCUUACAUCAAGAUUUACCAGGGAGAAGACCUGCCACAGCCAAAGACUAUGCUCAUGGCUACAGCAGAGGCCAAUAACCUGGCAGCCGUGGCAACAGCCAAAGAUGAAUACUACAAAAACAUGGAGAAGGUGUGCGGAGGAGACCUGCCCUAUGUGUCUCCUGAGUCUCUGGAGGAGAAGCAUCAGUUUAACUCCCGAGGAGCUCUUCACACCUUCUCCUCGACCAAGAAAAUGGGCGGACAAGAGUUUUGUGACCGUUACCAAGUACAGCUGGAAAAGGAGCUGGAGGAAAUGUGGCAGUCUUUCAGCAAGCACAACGAGUCAAAAAAUCUCUUCAGUGCUUUCCGGACCCCUGCCGUGCUGUUUGUGCUUGUGUGCCUCCUCUACGUGGUUUCAGGUGUGUUUCUCUUCGUCGGCCUGUCUACCUUUGCCCUGGUGUGUGACUGCAGUCUGGGCGUGGUCAUGAUGGCCAUACUGACGUGGGCCUUCAUCCGAUACUCCGGUCGGUAUCGGCCUGUAGGAGGAGCCAUUGAUCAGGCAGCAGGUGUUGUCCUGGAGCAGGCCACGGUGGUGUUAAACAAGUCGAGAGGAACAAGCAUCGCAGAACAGAAGAAAUCCAGUUAGAGGACCUCUGAACCUUCAUAAUCUCGAUGCAAUGCAACCACAGCGCACAACACAAGCACACAUUCAGCACUAAAGCCUUAUCAUGCCACCCACUGAAACAAACAUGCAGCUAAACUACAUUGGCACAGGCUACAAAUGCACAAAUGGUACAAAAUGCCAAUUUACCAGCAUCUUUAUUGUGCACGUUACUCUGCCUGUUGAAGCCCAGGCUCAAGUAAAGGUGACUGGAUUCAUUGAGACAGGGGUCAAACUGUCACAAUCCUUCUGAUUGAUACUUCAUGUCUUAAAUCGACACUGCCGCCAUUUUACAAGUUUACAAUUGGUCUUAAAAGACAAGUCAGCGUUUACCUUGAAACUUCUAAAACACUUUAAAUUGUAUUUAAUUUGAAUGCAUCUCACUUGGCUGUAUAUUGUUCAGACAGGGCAGGGGUAGUCAGGGUGCUUUCCAGCGAGCUUCUGCAGUAUAUCUUUAUAAUAAUUACUUAAAAAUGCUGGCUUUAAAGCUUCUAUCUUUAUACAUAUUUCUUUGUGGCUAUAUUUUUUUUACUUUGUGGCCUUAAAAACAUUCCAUUGUGUUUCUAGAUUUACAUUAUCUUUGAUAUAGAUUUGCAUUUCUAGAAAGGUGAGCUGUCACUACUUUGUUAUUAGAAGAGAAAAUGCACUUUCUAUAUAUAGCUCAGCAGAUUUUGGAAGCUGUUUGUAAUGGAGGUUCAGUUGAAACUCGUUUGUUUCAAAUGCUUUGCUGAUUAUUCCUUGAGGGAAAUAUGUACACUUUGUAGAUUUUGUGACUAGGCACUAGACUCUUCUAGAGAAAUUAUAUAUAGGAUCCUUAUUCUGCAAAACUCCAAAGAUAAAUGCAUUAUUGGAAUAGUCAAAGGUGCUGAACGCCCAGCAUAAGAAUACAGCAACCAGACAGCCAAAGAGUUAGCUUUAAUUAUUAUAUAUAUAUAUCUAUAUAGCUAUAUAGCUAUAGCUGAAAUAUAGUCUGCAGUGUAAACAAAGUUUUAUUCAUUCAAGCACAUAAAAUGGCCGUGAAAUUAACAGUGAGAAAAAUCUUUAUCACUGAAACAUCACGUGUUAAACAGACAUGGAACAUUUAAGGAAGACAGACGAGAACAUGCUCAUAACAAGCAGGAGAAACCUGCAGUAAAUGAGACUGUGGGCCUUUUUGUAGUGCAGUGAGAAAGUACGCUGAGCUGCAUUGUUGUGAUGUAGAAUAGAGUGCACAUUGAUGAUCUCGCUACAAGUUAAAGGAAAAUGUGGAUAUUUAAACAAUUUCACAUUUCUCAAACUAUAAGAACACUUGCCAACAUAUAACAGCUUUCAGUAUAUGAGCAAUGACAAACUAAUUUGGGAGAAAUGACCAUAUAUAUCUGAAUCCAGCAUAGCAUGUUCAGGUUAUAGCUUAUCUUUGAAUGACUUGCACGUUUUAAGAGUAACAUAACCUAUAAAGCCAUACUACAGAAAUGACAAAAAUGAUAAAUCGGGGGUGGCUUGACUUGAUCCGUGAGUCCUCAUGUACGUGUAGACUAGAUUUAUAAUUGUUUUUUUCCUUUUGUGAGGCCAAGCAUCUGCGCCUCUCUGAAUAUAAUCAAAUGCAGAUUCUUUUGGAAACAUUGGAUUGGAGAAUGUGGAAUGGCAAGUAUUUAAUAAGAUAAGUCUUUAAAUACCAUGAGACUUUAUGGCCUCAGACAGAAAGUAGAGUCCUGUAGUCUGGACUUAUAAUGCAUUGUGCACUUCAAAAUUAACCAUAUACAUAGACACAGAAUAGGAAAGAAAAGUGCUUUAAUCUCACAGUCAUUCCAUUGUGUGCCAGUAAUGAGAAUAAAGGGCUAAAUGUGACCAUACAAACAAUGAGAAUGAGAGGAUAAUAGAGAUUCUCAGUCCACGAUUUUUUGACCAACAUUUUGCACAUUCCAUAUCUUUCCCUGUUGGCAAGAGGAGGAACCUUCAGGGUGUUUCACAGCACUUAAGAUUGCACCUGCCCUCCUUUUCUGGUGGAUUUUGCAAACAGCUUGUUCCAAAAGUUACUCAAUGCAUGCAAUAUAUUGGUAACCGCCACUGAAAUCAUCUCUUGCAGGGGUAUAGUGGCCUUGACUUGAGAAAUGCUGUUUUAUAAAGAAUAAACAGAGCUUGAAACUGUAAA